AUGUCCGUGAAGUCUAUACCUACCUUUGACGAUUUGCCUGUGGACAAGAAAGGUCCAUUCUUGAACGCUUGGGGACUAUAUGGGGAAGAUGAUCAGCUAGGCUUUCUGAAUCGGUUGACCGACGCCUUGGUUAAAGAAGCAGCCAAAGAGAUCCAGUCCGGCACAAGGAUCUCUCUGAACUGGCCACUGGAUGCUCAGAACGACAUACCAUUCUUCGGUCGUCAGGUUUUCCACAAACAUGUCUAUCAGAAGCCGCCUCGCGUCGUUAACGACGAUGUCUGGACUUUCAACACCCAGAGUAGUAGCCAAUGGGACGGCCUUCGACACUUCGCCUAUCAGAAAGAAGCGAAGUUUUACAACGGCGUAACUCUGGAUGACAUACACAGUGACGAUUCAACCAUCAAUGGAAUCGGAGCUUGGAGCGAAGAAGGCAUCAUCGGUCGUGGUAUUCUUCUUGACUAUGAAGCCUGGCGAGAAGAACACAAUCAUCCGCUCAAGGAUGCAUUCAAACCUGGCGUCAUCACUUUGUCCGAGCUGAAAGCAGUCGCUGAGUGGGAAGGCGUAGAGAUCAAGUUUGGUGACAUCCUCACCAUUCGUUCUGGAUACAUGGCUCAGUACAACAAACGUUCUGGCGACGAGCUCGAAGCUCUUAGCAAAAUCAUGCCGCCGACUUUUCUAGGUGUGGAACAGAGUACGGAGAUGUUGAACUGGAUCUGGGAUAACUUUUCCGCGGUCGCUGGAGAUCAACCAUCAUUUGAAUGCUGGCCGUCUUCCCAGCCAUAUAUGCUUCAUGAAGUCCUCNNCCUGGCUGGUUGGGGCUGUCCGAUUGGCGAACUCUUUGACCUUGAAGCGUUGUCUGUCCAAUGCAAGAAAAGCGCUCGUUAUAGCUUCUUUGUCGCCAGCGAACCUUGCAAUGUUGGUACAUCACGUCAUGCUCAAGAGACAAACCCACUAAUAGUGCUACACAAANNGGUUCCCGGUGGUGUGGCCAGUCCACCAAAUAUUAUUGCGAUUCAGUAG